AUGAAAGAGUCUGUGUCUCACCAGGCUCCGAAAAUUAUUAAAAAGCUGCAGUUCAGUCUGCUGAACAAUCAGGAGGCAGUCAAACUUUCCGAGUUCGAGGUCACCCAUCGCGACCUAUACACUCCUGUUGAUCGGCAUCCUGUGAAGAAUGGUGUCCUGGACCGCCGCCUGGGAACGACAGAGAAAAGUGCGUUCUGUGAGACAUGUGGGUUGUCAUCCGUGGAUUGCGUGGGACAUUAUGCAUACAUAAGGCUCACCGUUCCUGUGUUCCACAUCGGAUACUUCAAACAUACAAUCGCAAUCCUUCAAUGUAUAUGCAAGACAUGCGCACGUGUUUUACUUGAGGAACCAGAUCGUCGGACAUAUCUCAAGCGUUUUCGUCGCCCAAAUCUUGAGAACAUCCAACGCCAAGCGCUAUCUAAGGCUGUCAAUACGCUCGCACGGAAGGCUGUCUAUUGUCCAUAUUGUUCUUCAACAAAUGGAACUGUCAAGAAGGCUGGGGCUCUCAAAAUAAUCCAUGACAAGUUCCGCGCCAAGAAGACUGCAGACGAGAUGGAAAAGUGGAAGACCACAUUUACAUCGGCUGUAGAGGCACAGAAGGAGCUAGGGAUGUACCUCAACAAAGCGGUCCACGAAGAUCUUAAUCCAUUGAAAGUGCUCAACCUGUUCAAGCGGAUAUCGGAUGAGGACUGCGAGCUACUAGGUCUUCGACCUGCACACGGACGUCCGGAAGAGUACGUUUGGCAGUAUAUCUCGGUACCGCCUGUCUGUAUCCGGCCGUCUGUUGCACAAGAUGGUGCAUCCAACGAGGACGACCUAACUGUAAAGCUCACGGAAAUUGUAUUCACGAAUGCGCUCAUCAAGCAGGGUCUUGCGAAAGGUGCCCCAACCGCACAGUUCAUGGAACAAUGGGAUUUCCUCCAGCUUUCUGUGGCUAUGUACAUCAACUCAGAACUGCCAGGAGUGCCUUCCCAGAUGGGCCAAAAACCUAUUCGUGGCUUCUGUCAACGGCUGAAAGGAAAGCAGGGUCGCUUCCGUGGCAAUCUCUCUGGAAAGCGUGUCGAUUUCUCGGGUCGUACAGUCAUUUCUCCGGAUCCCAAUUUGCGCAUUGACGAAGUCGCUGUACCCGAGCGUGUUUCGAAGAUCCUUACGUAUCCAGAACGAGUCACUGCGCACAAUAUUGAUAUGCUGAAGAAGGCUGUUCGCAACGGUUGUGAUGUCCAUCCCGGAGCCAAUUACGUCACGGCAGGUAGCAACGGCUUUAAGAAGUACUUGAAGUUUGGGAACCGGAAUGCUAUUGCUGAUGGGCUGAGGAUCGGUGACGUUGUAGAGAGACAUAUCAUAGAUGGUGAUGUCGUACUUUUCAAUCGACAGCCAAGUUUACACAAACUGUCAAUCAUGUGCCAUCGAGUCAAAGUACGACCUUGGCGAUCAUUUCGUCUGAAUGAGUGUGUGUGUGGUCCGUACAACGCUGACUUCGACGGCGAUGAAAUGAAUCUUCACGUACCACAGACGGAAGAGGCACGUACGGAAGCGCUUGAGCUCAUGAGUGUAAAGCACAAUCUCGUCACGCCGCGCAACGGAGAGCCCGUCAUUGCUGCUAUCCAAGACUUCAUCACCGCUUCGUUCCUCCUCUCUCGCAGGGACACGUUUUUUGAUCGCAGGCAAUUUACACAAAUAUGUUCGUACUUUGGCGACGCGAACAUGCAAAUUGAUAUCCCUCCGCCGACAAUAUGGAAGCCUGUACGCCUCUGGACAGGAAAACAAAUCUUUAAUGUCUUGAUGCGCCCGAACAAGAGCUCGAACGUCAUGGUCAACGUCGAGUCUAAGUGCAACAAGCAGGAGAAGCCUGAUCCCAAGUGUUAUCCACGCAUGAAUGCAGCGCCCGACUUGUCCCCGAACGACGGUUGGCUUGUGAUCGUCAACAGCGAGAUCAUGUGCGGUGUUAUGGACAAGGCCACCGUUGGUAGUGGUAAGAAGAAGUCGGUAUUUGGUAUCAUCAUGAGAGAUUAUGGUCCACAUGAGGCGGCUGCAGCAAUGAACAGACUAGCCAAAUUAUGCGCCCGCUAUCUAGCUAAUUACGGCUUCUCGCUUGGUAUCAACGACGUCAUUCCUGGGCCCAAACUCGCGAAUGAGAAAGACAAGUUGGUGGAGACAGCUUAUGCUGAAUGUCAGGACCUCAUCAUGCGUGCGAAGAAGGGCCUACUGGAGAACAAGCCCGGCUGUGACCAGGAGCAAACCUUGGAAGCCAUGAUUUCUGGUGUCCUAUCCAAAGUUCGGGACAAGGUGGGAGAGAUCUGUUUGAAGGAGCUGAGCCGCCAUAACGCACCCCUUAUCAUGGCUACAUGCGGUUCUAAAGGUUCCGUCAUUAAUGUCGCCCAGAUGGUUGCCUGCGUAGGUCAGCAGAUUAUCGCAGGCCAUCGUGUGCCGGAUGGUUUUCAGGAUCGUUCACUUCCUCAUUUCCCGAAGAAAUCGAGGGAACCUCCAUCCAAGGGUUUUGUAAGAAACAGUUUCUACACCGGAUUAUCACCUACCGAAUUCCUCUUCCAUGCCAUUUCUGGGCGUGAAGGUUUGGUCGAUACAGCUGUCAAGACUGCUGAGACAGGUUACAUGCAGCGGCGUUUAAUGAAGGCCCUGGAGGACCUGGUCACACAUUACGACUCUUCGGUGCGAAAUGCUGUGGGCGGUGUGGUGCAAUUCCGGUAUGGCGAUGACGGUCUGGAUCCUGCAUGUCUUGAAGGAGAUGCCCAACCUGUGGAGUACCUGCGAGCCUGGAGUCAUGCCUCGUCAAUCGAAUCACGACGUGCUCGCGGUCUUCUCCCGUUCGAGAUCAUGGAGAUAGUUGAUCGUGAACUAUUGCGACGAAAAUUCACGAGCGAGUGCACGGCAGCCUAUCUUGCAACAAUCCGCGGUUUCGUUUCCGAACACGUUGCCCAACGAUUGGCUGAGAUUCGGAAGAGUCAUGGCAUGUUCGAGGCCUUAGAACGGGACGGUGAAUGGGAUGCUGACACUGAUCUUUCGUUGGGUGCUUCUGCUGCCAAUAAAGCUGUGGUAGACAACAAGCUUAAGGUCACGGAGGUUCAGCUCCUACGUUUCUUGGAGAUCUGCUGGACAAAAUAUGUGAAAGCGAAGAUCGAACCAGGAUCUACCGUGGGUGCUGUGGGUGCUCAAUCUAUCGGUGAACCAGGAACACAGAUGACGCUGAAGACGUUCCACUUUGCUGGUGUUGCGUCCAUGAAUGUUACUCUCGGCGUGCCGCGGAUAAAGGAAAUUAUCAAUGCUGCCAAGUCGAUUAGCACGCCUAUCAUCAGUUGUAAAUUGGUUACCGCUGAUAAUGAAGCAUCUGCUCGUAUCGUCAAAGGACGAUUGGAGAAAACACAUCUGGGCGAUGUCGCAAGCGUGUUAGAGGAAGCGUGGGCACCAGAGUAUACCUACAUCGGGAUUAUUGUAGAUAUGAAGACCAUCCAAGAUCUUCAAUUGGAAAUGACUCUAGAUGACAUCAAGUGGGGUAUUGUAGCCGCCAAAAAGCUGAAGAUUAAGCAAGAGGCCAUCACCAUCAUCCCUCGCAAAAAUCGUCUUCGUGUCUACGUGGAUGGGCAAGACAAGUACUAUCGUUUGCGGGAGCUUAAACGAGCUCUACCUGAUGUUGUGGUCAAGGGAGUACCCACCAUCCGUCGAGCCAUCAUCAAUAUCAAAGAAGACGAUGAUCAUCGAGGAAAAAAGGGAGACAAAGAGCUGCUCGUGGAAGGCUAUGGUCUUCAAAAGGUUAUGGUGACGCAAGGUAUUAUUGGAGAACAGACUACGUCAAAUCAUAUUAUCGAGGUCGCUCAGGUGCUAGGUAUUGAAGCAGCACGUCGUACCAUCAUCAACGAGAUCCAGUACACCAUGUCAAGUCACGGUAUGAGUAUUGAUCCGCGGCACGUUAUGUUGCUUGGUGAUGUUAUGUCAUAUAAGGGUGAAGUGCUGGGUAUCACACGAUUUGGCGUUGCAAAAAUGAAGGAUAGUGUCUUGAUGCUGGCCUCAUUCGAGAAGACCACGGAUCACCUCUUCGAUGCAGCUGCGUAUGGAAAAACAGACAGUAUCGCUGGCGUUUCGGAGAGUAUCAUUAUGGGUAAUCCUGCGGUCAUGACGGGUACAUCAAUGCCUGCUUUGGUUACCCCGGCACCGCACAUAGGGAAGCCUCGAAAGUUACUGUUUGAGAGUGCUCUGUAA